GCAGCUAUUUACCCCCCCCCCCCCAAUUCGUUGGGGUUAGGGUUUACUGUGCAUCACAUCAAUGUCUUCCAAUUCAACAGAGGAGGAAGAUGCCGUAUGCAUAAACGAGGCGUUGACGGACGACGAGCUCCGUUCAAUUCUGGUCAGGGUGGAGACCGAGAAAGACAAGGAAAUUUUCGGUUUGGUUUGUAAGCGAUGGCUUCGGUUACAGAGCACAGAAAGGAAGAAACUCGCCGCACGUGCCAGUCCUCAUAUGCUUCGUAAAAUGGCUGAUAGGUUCACACGUUUGGUUGAAUUGGACCUUGCUCAGUCCAUUUCUCGUUCUUUCUAUCCUGGUGUUACUGAUUCUGAUCUUGCUGUUAUUGCUAAUGGUUUCACAUGCUUGAGGAUCCUCAAUUUGCAUAAUUGUAAAGGAAUUACGGAUGUUGGAAUGAAAGCUAUUGGUGAUGGUCUUUCCUUAUUACAGUCCUUGGAUGUGUCCUACUGCAGAAAGCUGACUGACAAGGGAUUAUCUGCUGUUGCCAAAGGUUGUUGUGACUUGCAGAUAUUGCAUCUUACUGGGUGCAGAUUUGUUACGGAUAGUAUACUAGAAGCUCUGUCCAAAAACUGUCGUAACUUAGAAGAGUUGGUAUUGCAAGGAUGCACAAGUAUCACUGACAAUGGACUGAUAACCCUUGCAAGUGGUUGCCAGAGAAUCAAGUUUUUAGACAUCAAUAAAUGCAGUAAUGUCAGUGAUGUUGGGGUUUCUAGUAUUUGUAAGGCUUGUUCUUCUUCUCUCAAGACAUUGAAAUUGUUAGAUUGCUACAAAGUUGGGGAUGAAGCCAUAUUAUCAUUGGCCAAAUUCUGUGAUAAUCUGGAGACUUUGAUCAUUGGUGGAUGCCGGGAUGUGUCCAACGACGCAAUUAAGUUGCUGGCUACUGCUUGUAGAAAUAAACUUAAAAACUUGAGGAUGGAUUGGUGUCCGAACAUUUCUGACUCUUCGUUGAGCUGUAUUUUAAGUCAAUGCAGAAACCUUGAGGCGCUGGACAUCGGUUGCUGUGGAGAGGUGACAGAUACUGCUUUUCAUCUUAUAAGCAAUGAGGAGCCUGGUUUGAGUUUGAAGAUUUUGAAAGUUAAUAAUUGUCCAAAAAUCACAGUGGUUGGUAUAGGCAUUCUUCUGGGUAAAUGCAGUUACCUGGAGUACUUGGAUGUGAGGUCAUGCCCACAUAUUACAAAGGCUGGCCUUGACGAGGCUGGUCUCCAUUUUCCUGACUGUUGUAAGAUUAAUUUUAAUGGUAGCAUCAAUGAGCCUGCUGUUCUUCUUUGAUACUGUAAUUAUUCUUCAAGAUUAAUUCUAUCAAAAGAUUUGUAAUGUGAACUUUAUUGAUAAGCUGUACCUUUAGAAAUUUGAGGAGAAUUUGUCAGUU